AUGGCAGCAAGAAAGCUCCCAAAGAAAAGACUUACUUUGAGUCAAGUUCUUGAUUUGUUGGAUCAAGAUGAGUUCCCAGACAAGGCAUGCAGCAUUGCAAUUAUCCCUCAAAAUGAAAAAGAUGCUGUACUCAGUGAUUGUGACAGUGAUGGGUCUGACAUGGACUAUGAGGGGGAAACAGGCCAUUUGCCAGCAAGGCUGUUGAAUGCAUAUGCAGAAGUUAUGCAAACAGAGCAUGAUUGGAAUGAUGGCCUCCCCUUCACCACACCCCCUUCCCCUCCCCAACCUCCUUCCCCCUUCCCCUGUUCCAGCUCCCCCACCUCCCGCCAUAACAAUGAAGGCCAGCUAGAAGACCCAAGGGCCUCUAAGCACCAGAGGGGCCAGCCAGAAGACCAAAGGGCCUCUAAGCACCAGAGGGGCCAGCCAGAAGACCCAAGGGCCUCUAAGCACCAGAGGGGCCAGCCAGAAGACCCAAGGGCCUCUAAGCAGCACCAGAGGGGCCAGCCAGAAGACCAAAGGGCCUCUAAGCACCAGAGGGGCCAGCCAGAAGACCCAAGGGCCUCUAAGCACCAGAGGGGCCAGCCAGAAGACCCAAGGGCCUCUAAGCAGCACCAGAGGGGCCAGCCAGAAGACCAAAGGGCCUCUAAGCACCAGAGGGGCCAGCCAGAAGACCCAAGGGCCUCUAAGCACCAGAGGGGCCAGCCAGAAGACCCAAGGGCCUCUAAGCAGCACCAGAGGGGCCAGCCAGAAGACCAAAGGGCCUCUAAGCACCAGAGGGGCCAGCCAGAAGACCCAAGGGCCUCUAAGCACCAGAGGGGCCAGCCAGAAGACCCAAGGGCCUCUAAGCAGCACCAGAGGGGCCAGCCAGAAGACCAAAGGGCCUCUAAGCGCCAAAGGAUUCAGCCAAGUCAGCCAGAAGAACCAAGGGCAAAACUGCAAGUGGUCAAAAAUAAAGAUCGAGUAUUUAAGCGAUCCAAGAGGCCUUCUACUGCUGCUAUUCCAGAAUACACAGUAUACAGACCAAAUGCUGCAGAAUGUGUAAAACAAAGCUGCCCCAACCCAGUGGAUGUUUUCUUACUGAUGUAUCCACCCACCCUGAGAGAGAUCACAGUUGACAUGUCCAACCUCUACUCCACCCAGACCAAGGGAAAGCAACUGAAUCUAAGUAUGGAUGAGCUCCUCACCUUCUAUGGGAUCCUAAUUGCAAGUGGAUACAGCUCUGUCCCAAGAAGACACAUGUACUGGUCAGUUGACAAUGAUGUGCACAAUGAGAGCAUUUCAGGUGCAAUGCGGAGAAACCGCUUUGAUGAUAUAAUGGCCUCAGUUCAUGUGGUUGACAACACCAAGAUCACUGAUGACCCAUUUUUUAAGGUUAGACCCAUCUUUUCUGAGCUUAAUCACUCAUACAAAAUCAUGCCAUUUCCGGAAUGGCUGUCAGUGGAUGAGAGCAUGAUCCCAUACUAUGGCCAACAUGGAUGUAAACAAUUCAUCAAAGGCAAACCAAUUCGCUUUGGUUACAAGGUAUGGAGCCUCGCCUCAUCCAGUGGAUACAUGUACCUCAUGGAGCCAUAUUGUGGAUCGCACACUCUCCUCCCAGAGGCAGGGUUGGGUCAGGGACCCAGCGUUAUCAUAGGUUUGGCAGAGCAAGCUCAGGUGCCUCAAGGUUGCAAGUUCUUCCAUGACAACCUCUUUAUCACUCUUUCACUCAUGGAUGAGAUGACAAAAAGAGGAUAUGGGAGCUCUGGAACCAUGAGACAGAACCGCCUGUUUGGUGUCCCAUUCACACACACACACACACACACACACACACACACACACACACACACACACACACACACACACACUGCACAGGUCAAAUAGACCUAUA